AUGGGAGGUGGGCAGGCGUUUGAAUGGAAAUUAGGGCAGAUGAUAAUGGUGGGUCUGCUGCUGAUGGUUGGUUGCUUCUAUGCUGGAACUCUCUAUGCCAACAAUGCUACCAUUUAUGCAUCUCAGCUAAGCUCCUCCAGUUCUCCUCCAUCCCCUGGUACUUCAACAUUUACAAAUAAAAUUGCUCUGACUUACAGAAAAACACCACCGUUGAUCCCAGAGACGGGUAUCAAUGUAUGCCCAUUGAAUUUAAAUGAGUACAUUCCCUGCCAUGAUGUUGCUUAUGUAAAGACUUUGCUUCCAAGCUUGGACACCAAUAGAAGAGAAGAACUAGAGAGGCACUGCCCUCCCAUUGAAAAGCGCUUGUUUUGCUUGGUUCCACCACCAAAAGAUUAUAAGAAACCAAUAAGAUGGCCAACCAGCAGGGAUUAUGUGUGGCGAAGCAAUGUGAAUCAUACACAUCUUGCUGAAGUCAAAGGAGGACAAAAUUGGGUGCAUCCAAAGGAUCAAUUCUGGUGGUUCCCUGGUGGUGGUACUCAUUUUAAGCAUGGUGCACCCGAGUACAUUCAAAGAUUGGGAGAUAUGAUAACAAAUGGAACCGGUGAUCUACGUUCUGCAGGAGUUAGUCAAGUCUUGGAUGUCGGUUGUGGGGUUGCCAGCUUUUCUGCUUUUCUUCUUGCCUUGGAUAUACAAACAAUGUCCUUUGCUCCAAAGGAUGGUCAUGAGAAUCAAAUUCAAUUUGCUUUAGAGAGAGGCAUUGGUGCAAUGAUUUCUGCUAUAGCAACAAAACAAAUGCCAUAUCCCUCUAGCUCUUUUGAGAUGGUUCAUUGUUCUAGGUGUCGAGUUGAUUGGCAUGAAAAUGAUGGCAUUUUGCUAAAAGAAGUGAAUCCUUUGCGCUCUAAUGGGUACUUUGUCUAUUCAGCUCCACCUGCUUAUAGGAAGGAUAAAGAUUAUCCUAUAAUUUGGGAGAAGUUAAUGAAUCUGACUUCAGCAAUGUGCUGGAAACUCAUUGCUCGAAAAGUUCAGACUGCGAUCUGGAUUAAACAAGAUGAUCUGUCAUGCCUCCAGCACAAUUCUGAACAGAAGCUUGUAGAUUUAUGUGAUGCUGGGGAUGAUUCCAAGUCAUCAUGGAAUACACAGCUGAGGAAUUGUAUACAAGUCAGGGGUGCACAAUCAGAUUCUCCAAAACUUCCUUCUAGACCUGAGCGCCUUUCAGUAUACUCAGAGAGUCUUAGCGGAAAAGGUGUUACUCAAGAGGUAUUUUCUUUAGACACUGCCUUUUGGCAAGAUCAAGUUCAGCAUUACUGGAGGUUGCUGAAUGUCAAUAAGACAGAAAUACGAAAUGUCAUGGACAUGAAUGCAUUUUGUGGUGGAUUUGCUGUGGCUUUAAAUGAUUCGCCUACAUGGGUGAUGAAUAUAGUUCCUGCAAGCAUGAGCAAUACGUUGUCUGCCAUUUACAAUCGUGGUCUGAUUGGUGCUUUCCAUGAUUGGUGCGAACCAUUUUCCACUUAUCCACGUACCUAUGAUCUGUUACAUGCCAACCACCUCUUCUCUCAUUAUAAGAACCGGGGACGACAAGGUUGCGUAUUGGCGGAUAUCCUUCUAGAGAUGGACAGGAUGAUAAGACCUCAGGGAUUCAUUAUAAUUAGGGAUGCGGAAACCAUUACAGCAAGGAUCCAGGAUCUUGCUCCAAAAUUUCUAUGGGAGGUUGAAUCGCAUACGCUGGAAAACAUAGAGAAGAAACCUGAAACUGUGUUAAUUUGUAGGAAGAAGUUUUGGGCAAUCGUCUGAAACGCACCAACAGAACUUUGCCAAUACAAGUUUUAUUCUGACCAUGUAGAUUGCCUGUACCAUGAUACCACGAUACUUAUUGACACUUAGUGUGGGUUAUUCAGGAACCCUCCCUCGGCUGCACUUGGCUAUUGUUAUGGUUAAAAGAGCUGCGGAUGGGAGUGCAGGGAGCAGUAGUAAGAACAGCCAUGUUGUUGAUGGAAAUGAAAUUGAAUGCGGUUGCUAGAGACAAGUGCAACUACAUAUUCCGUUUUUGUAAAGUUCCGAGACUGAUUAAUUAUCAACCAUAGCCUUGUUUGUAGCUGUUGAGGAGUUAAUCAGCUCAGAUGCUAAAAUGUGAGAUGCAUGUGUUGCAUAAACUCUGAUUACAGGUAACUAAUAUCCCGAUGAAAUAUGAUUAGAUUUUCAUAUAUCUUAAUUUGA